CAGACAUCAUAUCUUCUACCGUAUUCUCAAACCUCAUCUUAGAAUUUUCUCUUCAUACCGCACAUCGUCGUCACCUCGUCACCCUACAGGGGUGAGAUUAAGUUCUCCCGAUAACGCCCUAUCAGCCGCCAAACCUCAGCUCAGUACAGUCUACGCAAGCUAUCAUGUUUUGGCGAUUCGGCGGCUACGCCAAUAUCUCAACCCUUGACGCGAUUCUUGAGAAACCUGAUGUGACGCUUGAAGAUCUGCUUGAGGAAUCAGAUUUAAUCCAAGAGCUUAAACAACAGAAUGCGAAGUUGAUUGAAUUUCUCCGGAGGGAAGAUGUUAUGUGGAAAUUACUCGAAUACGUUGUUGCACCCAAGCGUUCAGAUCCAGCAUCUGAAGAGGCAGGGAAUAAUGCUGCCGAAGCUAUUAGGCUGAAGUAUGCCUACGUUUGCUGCGAGGUUCUAUCUAGCGAGUCCUGGUCCAUGGCGGAGACACUGGUAGAGAAUCUGCAACCUCUACGUAUGUUCUGGAGUUUCUUAGAGCGUCCUGCCCCUCUCGAUCCUUUACAGGCUGGCUAUUUUACGAAGGUCAACGAGACAUUACUAGACCGAAAAACGGAUGAAAUGAUGGAGUUUUUCAAAGGCCUGGAUAAUAUUGUUCCUAAGAUAUUGAAGCACGUGGAUUGCCCAAUGAUCAUGGAUCUGUUACUGAAGAUCAUCAGCAUGGAGAAGUGCGAAGGGGGGACUGGUAUAGUAGAUUGGCUCCAUUCACAAAACCUAAUACCUUUGCUACUCUCCUUCCUUUCUUCGGACCAUCCUGCGACUACUCAAACUUCGAGUGGGGACUUUAUCAAAGCAAUCAUUACAAUCUCUGCCAAUGCUUCCCAAAAUGAACAGUCUUGCAUUGGCCCCAACGAUUUGACUCGCCAGUUAGUCUCCGAGGCCUGUGUUCAAGGUCUUAUCCGGGACAUGUUGAAUGGCGGCAACCCCCUCACUGUAGGUGUAGGAAUUGUCAUUGAGGUUAUCCGCAAAAACAAUUCAGAUUACGACCCGGAUGUCGGAACUGGCGUUGAUAACAUCCCCUCUAGUAGAGAUCCCAUUUACCUAGGCACUUUGCUGCGCCUUUUUGCUAAACAUGUUCCGGAUUUUAUGAAACUGAUAUUAACUCAAUGCAUGGUUGUGACCAGUGAGGAUGGCUCAAAGACAGAAAAGCAAAGGGAACUGAAAGCUGCUUUUGGGGAAACAAUCGAACCCUUGGGCUUUGAUAGGUUCAAAACUUGUGAACUGAUGGCCGAACUGCUACAUUGUAGCAAUAUGGGCCUUUUGAAUGAGCGAGGGGGUGAGAGCCUUUUGAAAGGUGGCAGGUCGCUUGUGGACGAUCUCAAAACUGCUUCAAUUGCUGCGCCCCUGAACCCACAAGCCUCGUCGAUACCCCAAGAUAGAAUGGACGCUGACCUCCCUCCUCUCCCCAAAGAGGCAUUCGAAAAAUCCAAGCAACCGGAUGACCCAGAAGAAGACCUUCUUGACCUUGGGGGAGGUUCACCUUACAGUACUGCUACUUUUAGAUCUACAGGGAACUCAAGCUUUGAAGAAUACGAAACUAUGAUUGAGAAGGAUUUCGAAGGGAAUCCCGUCGUAGGUGACUAUUUGAAAAUGAUGUUCGUUGAGAAUUCCGUGGUUCCUACAAUACUGGACUUCUUCUUCCGAUUCCCUUGGAAUAACUUUCUACACAAUGUCGUCUACGAUGUUGUGCAGCAGGUCUUCAAUGGACCGAUGGAAAGGGGUUAUAACCGCGCCCUUGCCAUCGACCUCUUUGCCACCGGCCGCAUCACUGAGAGGAUUGUGGAGGGCCAGAAAGCAUCCGACAAGGUGGAGGCAGAGAAAAAGAUGCGGCUGGGAUACAUGGGGCACUUAACACUCAUUGCAGAAGAAGUAGUUAAAUUCGCUGAACGCCACCCCCCAGAGAUCCUCGGUCAUAAAGUCAUUGAAAAGGUUUCGGAUCCUUUAUGGAUUGAAUACGUCGAAGAGACUCUAGCAGCCACAAGAGAGAGGGACAACGCUAUCCUAGGGGGUGUCAGGCCGGACAUGAGCGUAGGACCACGACAAGCUGUUCUCAACGCGGUACAGGCACAAGCAUUUAAUGCGAACGGAAGCAGCGGAUCUGCGGGCAUAGGUAGCGGAGCCGGGAUUAGCGGUAGCUCUGGAGGUCUUCUAAGCGGUUUCGGAAGCUCAAGCGAUGAGGAGGAUGAGGAUAUGGAACGUGAUGAUGAAGACGACGAUGAGGUCAACAGGUUAGGGCUCAGUGGCAGCAGUGAUCAAUUUGCCUCGUAUAUCUCACAAGAAAUAACCAAUGUCGACAAGUUCGGAUCUUCAGACGAAGAGGAUGAUGACGAUGAUAUAUCAUUCGCAACCGCUCCAAACGAGCCACCGCCACCCCCCCCAUUGCCUCUAAACAUUACUAGACCCUCAUCAGCAACGACAGCCACAAAUACAAUGAGCGUAGGCGCUAACGCUGGUAUCGAAAUUGAAGGCGAAGAAGGUGGAUUUGAAGAGAUCGAAGAAGUUGGGGACUUUGCAGGCGAUGGAGAUAGCUCGGAUGAAGGCGAUGAUGAAUUGAUUUCUAGAGGUGUUUUAAGAAGAAAUAAGCUCACUGUUACUCACAAAGCAGAGAAGCGUGCAGUUCUUGAAGAAGAUGAAGGUGAAGUUGAUUUCAUCAAUGAGAUUCACGGAUUAAGCCUGGCCGGAGUGGGAGAUCAAGGCAAGGCCACAAGCGAAACCUCAGCAUCAGUCACAACUGAGGCGGAAAGGAUAUCGGAACCUGCUGCUGGGGAAGCUCAAAAAAUCGAGACGAAGUGACCGUCUAUGAUGAGUUUACAAGUAUUAUGGUCAUAGAUGGUAAAUGGGCUGACUGGAUAGCAUGCUUUUUUUCCCUCUUACUAGAUGGCGACUUUGCAUGAGUCUACUUUCCACAGUUUUUUUCGCAUUUCUCCCAUUUGCCUAGUUUGAUUUUUAGUGGCGGUAGGCCCAAACAUGGGCCCGGGAUUUGCGUAUUUUUCUCUUUUCUUUCCCAAGGGUCCGAAGCCGGCGCCUCCAUAUCAUCAUUGUCAUCAUCACAGUCCUCAUAUUCCUCUAUUCUGUCAAUCAUGGAAUUCAACAACAUAACGGGCUUUCCUUUCUUCACUCACAUAAUAUUUAUGUAUUAGGGUUGCCCUUUCGUUCAGAUGCAUGUAUUGUAAUAUGUAGCAUUGGUCCAUACUGGUGACUUUUCUUUUGGUCAUGUACACGGGUUAGGCAUAGUGCAGUUUUAUCAGAAGGUUAAGGAUACGGAAGGGAUAUGGUGGACAGGGGAAUGAAUUUUAUGGCUUUUUCCUUCCU